GUCAAUGUCAGCGAAUUGGGCCUUGUAACUCCCGGCGGAAAAGUUGUUUGGGGAAAAUACGCUCAGGUCACAAAUAAUCCAGAAAACGAAGGCUGUGUUAAUGCCGUCCUAAUCGUUUAA